UUUUAUUAACGGAAAAGCAAAUAAAGAAAUUCCCUGUUUCUAAUAUAAUCAAAAAGUGGACACCGCGAAGCAUCUGCUUGCGACCUCACGUGAACCAGAGGCAUCAGCCAGUUAACAAAAAAAAAAAAACAGGUUUACGAGAGCCCGCACAGCAAACAAUCCUCCGUCAUGCGGAAGCAGGAAGUAAACGCUAUUUAAAUACGUUUUCCUUCCACGAUGAAAACUCGACCACUGUGUACGUUAUUGCCAUCAUGAAUAUAACCUGUGGUAAGACUUAAUCAGCUUGAAAUGACAUUUAACAAUUAUAGGCUUGUAUUUAAAAGUUACUGAACUUUCUGAGGGAAAAGAAAGUUUCACUUUUAGUUUUGGGUUCUGUGUUUUAAGUACCUUUUCAGACAGAAGUACACCUGCUUAGGACUCAGUGAAUGUAUUUUGCUAGCUGGUGGACUGUAAUACCCGACAUGGAAUCUCUUUUGGAGGCAAUCGAGAUACUGACAAACGCAUCCAGACAUCAAGAGAACUUGAUUACAUUGACAAACGUGGAGCCAGAUCCAAGCCCACCUUCUUGCGGUCACCCAAUACUGUUUGGUAUUUGUGAGGAGUUGAAAAAAGAGGCAAAUAGAGAUGUGGAAGCUGAUCUGACUCCAGAGAACCAUGAUUCAUUUCUUCAUGAUACAGGAACCACAGAGACAACAGAGGAACUUGCAGUCCCAGAGCAAGAAAAGCAAAUUGGAAAAAGGACGAGGAGUUGCUCAAGAAAGAGUGUUAAAAAAGGAAUCCGCUCCGGCAAGUCAAGUUACCAUUGCUUUAAAUGUGGACAAAACUUCAGAACAUCAGUACACUUUAAAAGACAUCAACUCGUUCAUUCAGGAGUUAGGUCCCACGAAUGUCCUGAAUGCGGCAAGCGCUUCAUCACGUCCGCUGAACUUAAAGUGCAUUCGCGUAUUCACACAGGAGAAAAACCAUACCACUGCUCUGAAUGUGGUAAGAGAUUCGCUCAAACAGGAUCAUUGUUUAAUCACCGGAGACUUCAUAAAAGCGAAAAGCCACACCAGUGCUCGGAAUGUCCGAAGGCUUUCCAUCACACUUUAGAUCUAAAAGCACACCAAAGGGUUCAUACUGGAGAGAAACCGUUCGUCUGCACACAAUGCUGGAAGAGCUUUACUACAUCUGGAGCAUUGCGAGUUCAUGUACGAACUCACACUGGUGAAAAACCUUACAAGUGCGAAGUGUGUGGAAAGACAUUUUGCCAGCUGGGUGGACUUAAGGUCCAUAGGCGCGUUCAUACGGGCGAGAGACCUUACACGUGCUCCGUGUGCGAGAAGCGCUUUAAGGGACAUGCAAAUUUGAUUGCACAUCAGCGCAUACACACAGGAGAAAAGCCUCAUCGAUGUUCUGUGUGCAAUAAGACAUUUAGUGACAGUAGGAGACUUCGAGAGCACGAGCCACCUCAGUCGGCAGAGAAACCCUUCCGUUGUGGCAAGUGUAGUGAAUCUUUUAGUGCUUUCUGUCAACUUAAAGAGCAUCAGCAGUGUCACAGGAAAGAAAAGCGCCAUCAAUGUCUUCAGUGUGGAAAGGCAUAUAUACAUUUAUAUUUAUUAAAGAAUCACCAGCGUGUUCAUUCUGAUGAGAGACCCUAUUCUUGCCCUAAAUGUGGCAAGGCGUUUCGGCGGUCAUUUGAACUGAAAAUGCACCUGAAUAUCCACAGUGAAGCAAGACCUUUUCCUUGCUCUGAUUGUGGAAAGAGCUUCCGCAGAGCCGCCGAGCUCAGGAUACAUCAGAGAGUACAUACGGGGGAAAAGCCUUAUGCCUGCAGCCUUUGUGGCGUGGGCUUCAAACAGAUAUCACAAGUAAAAGUGCACGAGCGCAUUCACACUGGAGAGAGACCCUAUCUUUGCCAGGAGUGUAAGAAGACCUUUAAAGAUAAGAGAAGCCUGUUAACACACCAGAAAGUGCACCAUAAAUGAAUAAGUCAUCAUACUGUUA